UAUACGUAUGUGUUAUGCCUCUAAAAUAUCGUCUGCUGCGCGCGCGGGUCGGAGUAUUCGGAUGUCGGACUGUCGGAGUGUGUUAUAAAAAGUAUGCAAUUGUUCUCUCUCGUUGAGCUUAUAAAAGUUACCUAUAUAUCUUACGAGUGAACUGUGCGGCAUCGUCCUAACUCCUAAGCAGAGUACCUACUCCCCAGUGCACGAACGCAACGAGCCCCAGGAGACAACUGAUCAUCCGGUGCGGUUCUGUUCUGUCCCGAUAUCGCGAACUUGACUCGUGCACGCUCCGCAGAGUGCAGUUCAGUGUGUGGCACGCUGUCGUCCGCAGUACAUGUUCAAAAUAAGAUAAUUACCUCUACUUUAAUAAGUAUAAUAUUGGCUCUACUCUAUACUGCGAUAUCUGAUCUGCACAAGCUUGUGAUUGCUCGCGAGAGAGUCUGGCUGGGUGUGUGUGUGUGUGUAUAAGUGCGUGUGUCACCAAGGCCACCACGAUACAGAGUCUCGCAUUUCCUUGUUCUGCGAAGUGUUUUUGCACGCGCCCGUGAAUCACCUCUACGUGAUCACCUAGUGGAUGCACAGCAUUUGCAUUGUGUGGAUGGAUAUUGUUGUGUCCAGCAGACUUGAAAAUUUGGAGCUGAUAUAGAAAUUUGCAAUUUAUCGUCGUCAAAGCUUUUAGUGCCCCACGGGGGAACAAGCAGGAGAGCCUGUGUGUGCUCUGUGUGUGUUACCCAUGUGCAAUGUGCACCCUCCUCGCCAUCUUGACGAGGUCGCCGCGUGAUAUUGAACGCAGAGCUUUUUUUCAUUGUCACCAGCAGUAAGUGUAGUGAGAGGUUCGGCGCUUCGGGUUUUCCCUGAUCCAGUUGAACGUACUAGUGUGUGAUAAACUUGAGAAAGCGAGGUUGCACCCCAUGUUGCAAUAACAAGGAAUCUGAAGAUUGGUGUUGGUAAAAAAUAUAAACCAAAUAAAGUAAAAUUACAGGGAAGCAAGUGUAACGCUAGUGCGGCGUCAUGCACAAAACACCAGGGGGAAUGAUCGAGCACGUUGUUAUGGAAUUUCGUGUUCUUAGAAGUCCCGCGUCGGGUAUAUCCGCCAAGCGAAUCGUCUGAAUCAUCGUCAUCAUCAUUGGAAACUCGAGAAACAUCAACCAGCCGGCUGCAUAUUUUAUAAGUACUCCUGAUCGAUAUUUAAGUAUACAUUCUUCAGAAUAGUUGACUUACUUCCUCAGGCUCUCUUUCUGACGCGGGUGCGAGCAUCUGCUGUCCAUUACCUUUUUAUUUUUCUGCAUCAGCAAGCUCAUUGUAUACUUUUUCCUCCUCCCCGCGUCAUUUAUUUAUACUUACUUAAGUGUGAACUUGGUGAAUUAAAAAAAAAAAACUAAGUAAAAUAUUUUGACGUUCUUGCUUUGCUGUUGACACAAGUGUCAUAUAAUUAUAUAUACCUACGUAUUUGCGCGUGCAGUGUCUAAAAUACGAGUGUGCUCCACUCUCUUUUUGAUUAAGAGACAACAAUCAAAAAGUUGGAGGAGAAGAGACAUAAGGAACAAAGUGCGUGCAGCAGAAAGAUCUGCUGAAUAAGUGCUAAGUGGACCGAAUCAAAUCCAAUUUCGUAAGUGCCGCGCCUGUGUCUUACUCUUUUUCUUUCUUUUUUUUUUAAAGUAUCAUACAAACUCUUUCACUCUCGCUUGCGUCAAUUAGUCAGUUGGCGCGCGUUAUUUGGGAUACGCACUCUCAUAGCUCGUAAUGUAUUUGAGAUCUCACAGCAGCAGACUACUUGCGAGAUCAACUGCAGCCUCCGAGCUUCAUCUUGCUGCUCAGACAGCCAAGGCUGUUCAUCUUCCAUUGGCAAGUAUCUUCCUGCUUGAUCAAGACGUCUUCUUGUUGGGAGGUCUCAAGGAAUCCCAAGCUUCAAGAUCACAACAAGAAAUGAGCAAACUCGAGAGGGACAUUGUUGAUUCAAUCGGAUGGCAAAAUCUGACUGAUCCUGGUGACUGACAAGACAUCAGCUUCACCACAAAAGAUACCAAACGAUAGCACUAGCUCUUGUCAAAUGCAAAGCUAUUGCUACGUAUUGAUCUUUGAAAGACUCGUGGAAAAAGACUCCAAAAUGACGCUCACUAUGUGUCGGUAGCAGAUGAGUUUACUUUUUCUUGGGUUCAUAUUCUUGAUUCAACCUCGGAGCAUUUGACACAUAUAUAUAUACAUAUAUAUAUGUUACACACUGAACUUUGGUGAAGAUUACAUACCAUGUAUGUGAUUUGCAUUUGAAGAAUUACAAGCCAAAGAUUAGACAUUUUGUGCGUUUUUAUUCUUAGCUGUUAGUUAUAGAUGUAUGUAUAGAUGUAUCAGUUGAAUAUAUUGUAUGUGUAAAAAUAAAUAAUAUACGGUAGUUAGGAACUGAGGAAAAAAAACAGGGCUUUAAAAAACUAUAGAGAAAAAAAAUCGUUGUUUUAAAAAUGCCAGCUACACCAAAUAAACUCUCCUUGAAUUUCACCAGAAGUAAUUACAGCGUUUUUGGCGUAAGAGCCAACAAUGCUAAUGUAGAUCAGCAAAAAGAGCAAAAAACUGAGCUAUUGGAGGAGACUAGAGGCAACGGCCUUGUACCCUUGAAGGAUGGAGUGGAUUAUGUUAAUCCUGGUGAGGAAGAUCAGAUGGAAAUUUAUGGGUAUAAAAGAAAUACAGUUUACACUGCCGCAACAUGGUUCCUGAUAAUAAUCACGGGUGGAGCAUUAAGACUUUUUUUUCACUGGACUCCACGUUACAUGCUCUAUACCACCCACUCGAAAUGUUCUCUCGAGCAAGCAGAAACGGUGCUGCUAAUCGAGAAGUUUCAGGGAAAGCACACCAGCUACUACGUGAAGAAAAUUAAGACUGUCUCAGCACAGGACAUACGGAAAAAUUAUCAGGACGAAAAAAAUGCCAGCGAAAAAAAUUCACCUUCCAAAUUGUAUGAUUCGCAUUCGGAGCACAACGUUAUUACGGUUGAUCCAGAGCUGGAUCAAGAACAAGCGCCAAUGCCACUGUCAUUUCAUUUAUCUGGUGGUCAUUUCAAGGAAGCGCAAUCAAUCGUCAUGUUCACGUGCAAGAAGCUCAUCUACAUCUGGGACACUGACCGAUGCGAAUACCUGAAGCUGCGAGGUCUAGACACCGGCGUGUUGAGCUCGACUCUCCAUCAGACGCCGGGUCUAAGUGCUGCCCAGCAAAGUAUGCGACGCGGCAUCUACGGCAACAACGAGAUCGUCGUACCAGUCAAGAACUUCCUUCACCUCCUCGCUCUCGAGGUCCUUAAUCCUUUCUACGUCUUCCAGAUCCUCAGCUUCAUCCUGUGGAUAUCCGAUAAUUAUUAUUACUAUGCUGCUGUCAUUUUGUUCAUGUCUAGUUGUGGUAUUGUCAUGGCUGUGCUACAGACUCAAAAGAACCAGCGUAGACUACGAUCGACAGUCUCGUCGUCAGAUAUGGUGACAGUAUUACGUGAUCGUUCGACUGGCGCCACGAGCACUAUUCCAUCCAAAUACCUAGUGGUGGGUGACACACUUGUAAUACCGUCGCACGGUUGUGUGAUGCCGUGCGAUGCUGUCCUCCUCACGGGUAAUUGCAUCCUCAACGAGUCUAUGCUGACAGGUGAAUCGGUACCAGUCACCAAGACUCCCAUGCCUGCAACCAACGAUGUUAUCUACGAGAGCAAGGAGCACGCAAGGCACACUCUGUACUGCGGUACCAAGAUUCUACAAACGCGUUAUUUUGGCAACGAGAAGGUACUGGCCGUAGUUAUUCGUACUGGUUACAACACAAGCAAGGGUGGCCUUGUUCGUUCCAUCAUGUAUCCACCGCCGGUUGACUUCAAGUUCGAGCAGGACUCGUACAAAUUUGUCAUACUUCUCGCUAUUGUUGCCAGCAUCGGAGUCGUCCACACUGUCAUUACGAAAAUUUCGCGAGGCGCCUCAGCAAUGGACAUUAUUGUCAAGGCUCUUGAUCUUUAUACAAUCGUCGUUCCACCGGCUCUUCCAGCCGCUAUGACCAUUGGAAGAUUAGUGGCCCAACAUCGACUGGAAAAAAGCAGAAUCUACUGCACAAGUCCCAGAGCUAUUAAUGUUUCCGGAUCAAUUGAUUGCGUUUGUUUUGAUAAAACUGGCACUUUAACGGAAGAUGGAUUGGACAUGUGGGGCGUAGUCACGGUCUGCACGACAAAAUUCCAAUUACCAAUCAAAGACAUGACUAUUCUCCCGCUAAACGAGGUUCUCAUAGGAAUGGUCACUUGUCACUCAAUCACCAUCAUUGACGGUCAGUUGGUAGGCGAUCCAUUGGAUUUGAAGAUGUUUGAGUCCACGGGAUGGAUACUGGAGGAACCCAACGUCUCGGACACGUCAAAAUUUUCCAUGUUAUUCCCCACGAUUGUUAGACCACCAGACUCUGCAGUUUACCAACAACCAUCGCACAUAAAUGACGAGCUUGGCGCAGACGUCACUGAAAAUUUGACGGCAAAUACAGAAUUAACCGAUGAUGGAGUGGUGAUUGGCAUUGUCAGACAGUUUCCGUUCACCUCGAGCCUACAGCGUAUGAGUGUUAUCAUCAGGACACUCGGUGCUGACCACUACGAUCUUUACUGCAAGGGCAGCCCUGAAAUGAUCCUAAGUCUUUCAAAUCCAGAUUCGAUCCCGCACGAUUUUAACAAUAUUUUGCAAGAAUACACCUCCGAGGGCUAUCGUGUGAUUGCUCUAGCGCACAAAUCGCUUAAGAAACUGUCCUAUGCCAAAGUACAACGCAUGACCCGAGAAGUUGCGGAAACCGAGCUGAACUUCCUAGGGUUCGUGAUUCUGGAGAACCGAUUGAAGCCGGAAACCAUGCCGGUGAUUGCAGCAUUGAACGAAGCGGCAAUCAAAGUGGUCAUGGUGACGGGUGACAAUAUACUUACAGCUUUGUCGGUUGCCCGUGAUUGCGAUAUAGUUAAGCCUGGUGUGCCAGUUAUUGCUGUGACUGCAGUCACGCAGCAAAAUCAAACCCAACCCAGCAUAUACUACACGCGAAGUGAAUCUCAGGGCAGUCAGAGUAAUUCUUCGCCGAUCAUUGCCGGGCCUGAAGGCGACUUUAGCGAGAUCACCGACAUCAAUAGUAUUGUUAGUCUAGAGACCAUUGAAAGUGGCUUUGCUAAUCAUCGGACAGAUUCUGGUCUUAAUUAUUUAUCCGAUAAUAUUCAACGCAAUGGUAAAGGAAAAGGUGUCAAGAAGAACGAUUACGUGUUUGCUUUAACUGGAAAAACGUGGGCAUUGAUAAAGCAAUAUUAUCCUGAGUUAAUACCAAACAUAGUGACUCGUGGAACUAUUUUCGCAAGAAUGUCACCGGACCAAAAGCAACAGCUGGUGCAAGAACUACAAGCUCUCGGUUAUUACGUGGCGAUGGUUGGUGAUGGUGCCAACGACUGCGGUGCUUUGAAAGCUGCUCACACGGGUAUUUCGCUAUCAGACACGGAAUCCUCAGUUGCUUCGCCGUUUACAAGCCGAGACACGAACAUUUCUUGUGUAUUGACAGUGGUACGUGAGGGCCGAGCCGCCCUUGUCACCUCGUUCGGCAUUUUCAAGUACAUGGCUGGCUACUCGCUCAUCCAAUUUAUCUCGGUGAAGCUGCUCUACCAGAUCGAGUCGAACCUCACGGACUACGAGUUUCUUUACAUCGAUCUAUUCAUCAUUUCGAUCUUUGCCUUUUUCUUUGGUAAGACCAAGGCAUACGAGGGACCCCUACACAAAACACCACCUGAAAAUAGCUUGAUUAGCCUUACGCCGGUACUCAGUUUGUUCUCCCAAAUCUUACUCGUCGCCGUGUUUCAGUACUUGAGCUUGUGGAACUUGCGCUCAAUGCAAUGGUUUCGGCCCUUUGAGCCGCCCAAAAAUAAAGACCUCGUUGGCUGUCACGAGAAUUACACCGUGUUCAUCGUUAGCUCGAUUCAGUAUAUUAUUAUUGCCGUUGUGUUUUCCAAGGGUCGUCCUUACAGAAAAGCCAUUUGGACGAAUUACGGACUCUUGGCUUCAUUCAUAUUGCUGAGUGCAUUUUCGACUUACUUGGCCCUCGGGCCGUUCGAGUUUCUUCGAAAUCAGUUUGAGUUGGAGUUACCAGAUGACACGAACUUUAGGCUAUAUCUUCUAGCUUACGGAGUGAUCAACUUUGUACUGGCGAUGUUCAUAGAGUAUUUCUUUAUCGAAUACCUGGUGUUUACAAAAUUGAGAAAGAAGUUGCACAACAUUGAAAAGUCGCCCCAGAAAUUCCGUCUAUUCGAAAGAAAUAUGGCCAAUAGAAUCGACUGGCCACCACUAUCCCCCGAACCAUUACCGGAGGCUGCACCUGACUUGCUGAUUCGGCAGAAUCCAGUUACGGAAAUCAAAAUCGAAAAGCGUGUAUCCGAGAGCGUGCCCUCGGAUUACGCAGUAAUUGGGUCCACCGAACACCAGUGGUCCAACAGCCAACGAGGAAGCCCACCGGACUGCUUGCUGCCUUUCAGAAAUGUGGAUCGUUUUGGUGGAUCAACGCGCGAGGUACCACUCAAUCCGCGCAUGUUGUACGAUGAAAGAAGAAAUACCGUGUCCAUGCAGACAGUGCUUAAUUACUGCGAUGAAAACAGCCAGAAAAUCGAUAAACUGAAUUCAAACGCUAAUAAUCUUGCAAACAAUUUGACGAAACCAAGACUGAGCUCAGAGUCAGCGCGAGAAAUAGACAGAGGCGAAAAGGUCAAAAGAGUGAAAGAGACAAAUCCAAUCGCGACGCUUCCGAGGCAUUCGGCUGCCGUGAACGCAAUCGGUGGCGAGGAGAGAAACCUUAAGAAUGGCUCAGCAGGAAGUUUCAGGUCUGUUAACGAUAAUAAAUCAAUUGCCACUCAGAGCGUACUGGAACUCGAUGUCUUACCGUCUUGAGAUUCAACCACAUAUCAGACGGUAGCGAACUUUUUUUUCUCGCAGAUGAUAAUUUUCGCAGGUUAACGAGUCAAUUCGCAAAAUUUUUUUAUCAUUUAGUUAAUGCUCCGAGAUGCUGUUCGAUUCAAGCGAGAUAGUUACUUAAGUAAUGUUUUUACAUUGGCAGUGCAAUAGUUAACGCCAUGAUAAAAGUAAAGUGCAUUUUAUGCUUAUCGCGAUUCCGAUUUAAUUAUACAUACUUUAGAUGAAUUCUAGAAUGUUAAUGAUUUAUUUUUUUAUAACGUACAUGUUAAUCAAAUGAAUACAUACGAUUUAUUAUGAUUAUUUUUUUUUUUUUAUAAGAGUUUUAAAAGCGAUCUAUUUACGCAGCUUUUACUUUAUUAGCGUAUUGUUGGGUUAAAUGAUUUUUCUUGUGCAAAUAAGGAGAGAAUGGAAUUGUAUUCAAAACAAAACGUAACAGAAGUUUGUUUGGAAACAUUUACAUGCUCUUUUUUUAUAUAUUGCGAUUAUACAGCUGUACACAGAUUUUUAUCCGUAACAAUAUUUUAUUACGUCCUUUACAUCGGUGUAAUGUUUCGUAGUAUUAAACGAUACAUAAAAAAUGUUAAGUUGAUGAUUCGUAUGAAAAUUUAGUUGAUGUGUAGCUGAUUUGUUAUAUUAACAACUUGGUGUUAAAUUAGGACAACUGUUAUCUGAAUUUACUAGAUUUAGAAAAUGUAACUUAGUAAAAGUGAAGUAAGUAAGGUUGAAAUGUGUAAUCAAUUGACGAUUUGUCUGUUUAUCUGUUUUAAUCGAAUCGUGAAAUAAAAUAAAUUGAAUUUUUAAAUUUAUAUACGAUAAUUCGGUUUCAAUGAAUUUGAGUUUCUUUGUUAUAGGUAAAAAUUGUUUGCCGAUUUAGGUAACAAAAAUAAUCAAUUAAUGAUGUAAGUAAUUAAAAUGCUGAUUUAUACGGUGAAAUAACAAGUUAUUGAACUACAAAACUCUUCAGUCUUUGAUAAAAAAAAAAAAAAAUAAAAA